UCUCGACGGUGAAGCUUGUAAUGGAAAAUCCACGGACCAUAAUUGAUUUGCCGUUCGAAGUCCUCGAUCUGAUAUUCAAAGAACUGCAGUGCUUGAAAGAUAAAGUGAACCUGGCACAGACUCAUGACAGGCUGGGAAAAGCUUUUGCCUUUCACAGUCGCAAUGAGUUCAGGACUCUUACGCUCAGUACCGCGUUAACUAACGAAUCGUGGGCCUUUCUUGUGCAAGAAUGUGGCACAUCAAUUGAGGAAUUAGAUUGCGAAAGAGCGAGCUCGCACUGGCAUGAGCUUAUAGCCGAUUCGAUUGUGAAGCACUGCCCCAAUCUGAAAUCGGUAUCAACUGAAUUUUCCGAGGAUAAUAGUGUCAGCAUUAUGUCUUUUUUAGGAAAGAUUAAAAAUUCUCUACUAGCGCUUAAAUUAAUGCAACGUUAUUCACGUGAAAAUGAAUUUUCUUCAGAAAUCUUGAAAGUAUUGUGUGAAAUUUCCCAAUUAAAACGGUUAAGCUUGUGUUAUCUAUAUCCUGACGAAAAUGUGCAAUAUAUACAGACGUGUGUCGCUCUGGAAAAGCUGAAACUCGAUAAUUACGGUAUGUUAGAGAGACAUACUGUCAACCUACAACAGAUUUGUGCUCCACUUAAGAAUCUCCGUGAAUUAAGUUUGAGUAAUUUCGAAAUUCUGCCGUUUGAGGAUUCAAAUUCAUCUAUAUGGGCCAGGUUGGAAACCCUGGAAUUGAUUCAAUGCGACUACCCCGAAAUACCUUAUUGCCCACAACUUAAAAGCCUGAAUAUUUAUUACACCUUCCAUUGUUUCAUCGACGAUUACGGGUUGGAAUUAAUCCUAAAAAAUGGAAGAAAUCUCGAAACAUUGUACGAGGAAUGCGAUCCAACACUCGAAGCCGAUGAUUUCCUUCGAGUACUUCGGGCCUGCCCAAAAUUGCGACAUUUUCAUGCUACAAUGGAUGAUAUAGAACUCUCUCCGGAAUACGUGUCUACAAUUUUGGAAAUUCUUAAGGAUAAUGGAGUGACGCGGGAGGAUCGAUUCGAAUUGGUUAUAACUAGUAGAUAUAACUGGGAUUGCAUCCGAGAGCUACUUCGCCUGGACCCUGAUGCUGAGUUGAUUGAUCUGUAUAAAGAAUUCGAUAAAUUAUUAGUUCUUACAUAAAAGAUGUAUUAUAUAAAAACAUGAGUUUUUUUAUUUUAAUUGGAAAUAAAAACGU